AUGUUGAUGCCGCGCCCAAAGCCGAAGGUUGCCUUAGGAGGUUACAGUGUUUUGCUUGACGCUGUUGACGCUGUUGACGCUGUUGACGAUGGAAGCGAGGUGGGUCACCUGCAUCUCAGCAAGGUCUAUCCCGGCGCUGUUGACGCUGAAGACGCUGAGAAUCUCGUUGUUAAAUGA